CCCGCAGGCUGCAGCGAGAUGGACUUGCCAUCCAGAGCAACGGGAUCUGUUGGUCCAUUCUUAUAUACUGUCUAUGGGUGCAGCCACUAUGAGUGUGUGCAGACUCUGUGACUGUUCCCCUCCAGACAGCCAGGGAGCAGCACUGCUCUGAUGGCGGAGAAAGCAGUUCCGGCUGCCUGCUGGAAAUCGAAUAAGAUUGUAAGUUAAGUGAAGAUGGCUGGCGGCUCUGAAAAUGAAGAUCUAUUUGACACUAUUCUUCUAGCGGAUGAAAGGUUCCGAGGGGAGGGCUACCGGGAGGGAUUUGAUAAAGGGACUCGCCGAGGACUGCAGGACGGUCGCAGACAUGGAGCCGCUCAUGGGGCAAAGCUCUCCACUGAGAUUUCAUUCUAUUAUGGGUUUGCCAUCACAUGGAAAUGUCUCCUCCAACAUAAUACAGAUGUCAAAUCAAGGAAGCGUAUGAAAGCACUGGAGGCUCUCCUGGGUUUGAUCCAAAACUCCCCUCAUGAUGAUCCGCAGUCUGAAAAGCUACAGGAGCACAUGGAAAGACUUCGUGCCAAGUUCAGACAGGUCUGCUCUAUGCUGAGUGUCCCGGCUGACUUCAACGAUCACAUCAAAACUUGUGAAGGGACUUCUUUCUGAACCCAGGCUGAUGGGGAGGAUGUGCUGAGACCACUCUACGUCCUGGACAGAAGACAGCAAAGUCCUGUCCUGGGCUUGGUCUGCAGUGGAUUCAUUUCAGGGUCUGCAAGUGUGAAGCAGGGACUGCAUCAGUUUGGCAGUCCUCUUUGAGAUUAGUCUUUGCCUUCACAUUCUGGUGGGAAAGUCUAACUUGUAGGAAAGUCCACGGCCCGCAUUAAACUGGAAAAUCUCAGGAGACGACUGCAGCCACUGGAAUGGAGUCCCAGUAAGAAAGAAAUGGUGUAUAUUUUUCUUGUUUGACUGUGGUAAAUGAGUGGAUUUAUUGCAGUGAUGUUGAAGCAACUGAAUUGAAAUCGAACAAAGACACAACAGAAGCAAAAGACACCAAAAUAAAAUCUUGGAACAUAAUUUGCUUUUUGGUGUCCUGAGUGUCUGUAUUCUUUUUUUUUUAUAUUUUGUAUUCUGUAUUUCUUUACUGAACUACUGUGACUAAAUAAUAGGAGAAACUAAUGAUAGUAACUAACUGAAUGACCAAACUGAAUUUUCCCAAGAGGGAUUAAUAAAGUAUAUCUUCUCAUGUG